GACGCUUUCUGCGCACGCGCAUCUCGGUGCAUCUGUUGGGCGGGACUGCGGGGCCUGUGACACCGCACGCUGAGCUCUGUGAUGUAGCCGCUUGCGGAGACUGCAAGCAGCCGCGGCGCGCCCGGCCCUCCCUCUUCCGCUGCCGCCGUGGGAAUGGAAACAUCUGCCCCACGUGCCGGAAGCCAAGUGGUGGCGACAACUGCGCGCCACUCCGCGGGCUACCGCGCAGAUCCUCUACGUGUGUCCUCGCGAGACAAGCUCACCGAAAUGGCCGCGUCCAGUCAAGGAAACUUUGAGGGAAAUUUUGAGUCACUGGACCUUGCGGAAUUUGCUAAGAAGCAGCCAUGGUGGCGUAAGCUGUUCGGGCAGGAAUCUGGACCUUCAGCAGAAAAGUAUAGCGUGGCAACCCAGCUGUUCAUUGGAGGUGUCACUGGAUGGUGCACGGGUUUCAUAUUCCAGAAGGUUGGAAAGUUGGCUGCAACAGCUGUGGGAGGUGGAUUUUUUCUCCUUCAGCUUGCAAACCAUACUGGGUACAUCAAAGUUGACUGGCAACGAGUGGAGAAGGACAUGAAGAAAGCCAAAGAGCAGCUGAAGAUCCGUAAGAGCAAUCAGAUACCUACUGAGGUCAGGAGCAAAGCUGAGGAGGUGGUGUCAUUUGUGAAGAAGAAUGUUCUAGUGACUGGGGGAUUUUUCGGAGGCUUUCUGCUUGGCAUGGCAUCCUAAGGAAGAUGACCUCAUGUUCAUUGUUCCUGGUUUUUUCCAGCCAGCAGCCUCUACACUCCAUCAUAGGACAUCGAGUCCCUCCUCCUCUUCUCCCGUGCCUUCCUCCCUGCCAUGGCAAAUCCAAGUGGCUUCUAUAAGCAUCUGCUGGUACAAGUCAAUGUGGCACCAUGAGCUUGAUAGUGGCAGAAGAGACAAUAGUCCUUAGCUCUCCUCCCAGUACACCCCCUACUUGGCCAGUCUGUAGGCCAACAAGAAGGUUCCUUUACCCCCAUGCAAGACACUUAUGAGAACACAUUACAAGAUGGCUGACCAUGGAGGAUGAGUGGAUCCUGAAAGGUUGUCCCAAACUGUUGAUUUGGAAAAGAAAUAAGCACAUAGAUAACCUUAUUAUGUGCUGCAUGGAAAGGAACUGAAUACAUUUGCCUUUAAGCAUGAAA